GAGGUCAGAGUGCUAGGUCGUCCUCAUGGAGAGGUUGCAGAGGGUGAAACGUUAAUCUUUCCCCGGGCGGGAGAGCGCACAACGGGGGUUAGAAGAAGCCGUGUUUGCCGGUCCCCGCUCUUCAUGCGACCCCGGAGCUGUCCACCGCCGUCUGCCUCCCAGCUCAUUGUUUGCUCCGCCAAUACAUUAGUGGCGACGCGCGUCACCUUGAUCGACGAGCGCUUGGAAUUUAAAUAGCCACUCAAACACCAAUCUGUCACCGGUUAAGGGGAUAAGGACAAGUACCUCACUGGCUGACCCUGGCCCACGUGACAGCACCCGUUCAUUGAUAUCGGCCCGUGCGGCCCCCUCCCUCCUCUGAUAAGGACAGAGUAUAGGUAAAGGUUGGCACGGUCACUCAGGGUAAGAGGGGAGAGAGGAAGAGAUCAGAGGGUGUCUGUAGAGCGGACGGUCUCUAGGCCCUGCAGAACAAUGCUACAAUGAGCAGCUUCAUAGACUACUCGGUGAUGAGCGGUGAAGGUGGCUCAUGCUCUGUCAGGGCGUUCCACUCGGACCACGGGAUUACAACUUUCCAGUCCUGCGCGGUUACUGUCAACAACUGUGGGGCGGAUGACCGCUUCAUGGCCAGCAGGGCUUCCCCUGACGGCAUCCCCCACCAGCCGGGGUCAUACCAGUCUUCUGCGAGCUCUCUGGGUCUCGCCUAUGGGGCCCAUCCGGCCUGCAGCUCCAGCUAUGGACCCCAAAGUUUCUGUACCACGUAUAACCAUUACGCGCUCAACCAGGAAGUAGACUCCGCAGCGGGAUUCCCCCAGUGCGGUCCACUGAUGUACUCGGGUAACAUUUCCUCCUCCAUGAUCUCUCAGCAUCGCCAAGGUUACAGUGCCGCCCCCCUGGGUCAACUGCAGUAUGCCCACGCUGCCUAUGGCGGCGGGCACGAGCAAGCAACUGCUUUUCCUGGGUGCUCAAACCCGCUGUCACCACUGCACGCAGCUCACCUGGAGGCUUGCUGUUCACCUCUGUCUGAGGGCGCAUCUUCUGCACAGACCUUCGACUGGAUGAAAGUCAAGAGGAACCCACCAAAAACAGGCAGGUCUGGGGAGUACGGUUACGGGGGUCAGCCGAAUACUGUCCGGACCAACUUCACCACCAAGCAGCUGACGGAGCUGGAAAAGGAGUUCCACUUCAACAAAUACCUGACCCGCGCGCGGCGCGUUGAGAUCGCGGCCGCGCUGCAACUGAAUGAGACUCAGGUGAAAAUCUGGUUCCAGAACCGGAGGAUGAAGCAGAAGAAGAGGGAGAAAGAAGGGCUGCUGCCGGCCAAAGCUCCAUCCUCGGACCCGGGAGAGGGGAUUCCAGAGAAAAUGGACGAUGUAGAGUCAGAGAGAUCUAUCUCAGCCCCCUCUACUCCAUCUCCUACAUCCUCCACGGUCUCUUCCACGGGGGCUGAUCCUUAUUCCUCCAACUAAGAACCAACUGCCUCUUUACCUCUUUGGGCCACAGGCGGCCUGUAUAUAUCAAAGCUCAUACUUAGUGUAUCAAAGCUAAAGUUCUGGUUGAUGGAUGGCAUUUAGGAUGAGUUAAUGCACUAUUUGGGACUUUGGACAAUAAUGUGGACCAUUUCUGAUUUAUGGAUUUGUUUUAUAUUGUGUAUUGUGUUCGGAAGAGCGAUACCAUUGCUGUCCAAACAAAUGUAGGCCAUGGUUUAAAAUGUGUCCACUUUCUUUUGAAAUUUGACGUUAAAUACGCAUUGCGCCACGACUAUGAUGGUGCCAAAGAUAUCCAGUACCUUCCUUACACCUGUUCCUAACCAGUGCUGCUGAAUGUGCCAAUGUAAAGUCACAUAGCUGCACACACAAACAAAUACCUCAAAUGUGCCAAAGAUGUGCGUCAUGGCCACGGCCAGGCUGACUGCACUAGAUGUCGUCAAUUAGGCAUCACACAAUCAACGAGAUGACCUCGUGUAUUAAUCGUUAUAGAGUGCGUUGUUAUAGUAACUCCUUAAUCACUGUCACCUCUGUGUUUAAGGCCUGUGUGUUUGUGUGUCGCGACUGUCUGAAUGUCUAUUGUGUGAGAUUUGCAUGAUGCGAAAUGCUUUCAUGUAUUAUUAGCGAGGCGCUGAGUUUUAUCAGUUGGGGAAGCGGUCAUCAUGUAUGUUCCAUGCUUUUAUCUGUUAUCUAUUUAAUCCAGUGGAGCACAUACAACACGUUUUGUCCAGAGAGACGUUUACGGGUCAAUCAUGUGUAUUAAAGUGCGUUUACCUCUAAAAAAAAACUAUUCCUCUGUGUCAUUGUUGAGAGGAAGUCUUGGGAGAGACAGAAGUAGACUUUUCAGAUGAUUUUAAAGCAAGUCUUCCAUCUAAAUCCGCCUAUCAGACCUUUAUGUUAAGCUACAGACAGGAAAGGAAAGCUCUGUCCAUUUACCCAUCGUUUGAGAAGCUGCAUGUGUCUCUUUUACGCACCGCAGAGUCUCUAAAUGUAUGCGGCCGUGCGCGCUCCCGUCCCUGGGGUAAAGAGUUAUUGGCAUAAUAAAGGCAUGUUUAUCCACGGAGGAGAUGAGAGCGCGGACGUCAGCGUCAUUUGUGAUGACAACCUUAUCGAGCUUGGAUGGCUUAUUGAGACAAGGCUUAUUGAGGGGACAAAAAAAAAAAGAAACUAUUGAUUAAACAUCGAGGUUAGGCUAUCGACAAGGAUGGGGCCCCACUGGCUCUGUCAGCGUUAACUCCUGUUCCCCAACUCAAAUGGAGGUGUCAUCAUCCCCACCUGAUGACAAAAUGAACAGUGAAAACUUGCAGAACUGCAUGUCACACAGUCAGCUACACAAUUUGCCUUUAACAAGAGCAAUUAUGUCAGGUUCUGUUAUAUUUACGCCUGAUUUGAUUAGUAAAUUUGCUCUUUCAGGAUGAUGACUUUGAAGUGAAUAACGAUCAUAUUGUCUUUAAAAUCAACUUACAUUAUAAAUGGAAUAAUAUGUAUUAAUAUUUAUCGAUCAAAUCAAACGUGUCUAAACUGUAGACUAUAAACUGGAAGCUUUAUUUUCUUUUAUUUAACUUACCAUUUUCAAGGUAGCUUAUAUCCUGUGUCCAAAUUUCAAACUAAAAAAAAGGGUUUCCUGAUUCGUUUGCUGUUUUAAUUCCUGGUGUGCAGGCUCCGAGUCCAUUUUACCAUAAAAGGGCAAACACGCAGAAAGAGCCAUGAUUAAUGAGCGACGUUCACCUUUACCUUGGAUCCACCUGCAGGAGCUGCUCUAUUGGAGCUGUGGAGACCUGCUCAGGCUGCAGCAAGCUGCUCAGUCUCAUUCAGCGACAGCAAACAUGGAAAGGAGACUAUCAGUGGAAAUAGAAAGAUGAUUUGCAGAGUUGACAACAAGACUCAUAGUCCACCACCUGAGAGUGUACAGUGGCUUAUGUGCAUUUGUGUGCGUGUGUGUGUGUGCACACACGAAAAAGACACUGGAAAGGACUAUAAAGCUCUGAGAGAAAUACCUAAAAAGAGUAAAAUAGGAGGAUUUGGAAGCAAAUGAGAACAAUUUACAAAGAAGUAAGUUCAAAGGCCCUACACAUUGUACCACCUAUGAACGGACCUCACCCCGAAGGUAUGGACAAGCUUCUCAUCACUCUCUUACUGUCUCAUCAUCGUGACUGGCUGGCAUGCCUGAGGACACAAGACAGCCAGACAUAGGCACUGGCAGACCUGCAGGUUGACUUCUCAGUGGUAUGGCAAGUCUGAGUGUAUCUUACAGGGUCACAACCCCCCCAGACUGUGAUCUGGACAAACAGGACCGAGAAGCUGCAACAGGACAUGGAAUGUCCCUUUUGUUUUUGUUUUGUUUCACUUUUUUGUUGAAAAGGUGAAAAAUUCCUCUCGCUGUACUACCCGGAGCAAAAGAAAAUAUUUUCUUUGUAACGAAUGAGGCAGAGUUUACAUAAGAAACAUUAUGUGACUGUAAUAAAAAUUAUAAAAGCUUA